CCUGCAAAAUGCAUAUUCAUUUGCAAUAUUGACAGUUAAAAAGAUACACAUUUUACAUAGAUUCACUGCGUAUAAAGCACUUUUAUGGAUUUGCCCUAACUAGGUAAGCUUAAACCCUCGGAUUAUAAUUCAGGGAUGUGUUAACGCAUAGAACAAUUAGGAGCUAUAUAAACCAACAUGGACAUUAAAGAAUAGCUAAGAUUCACAAAGAUCUAAGUUACCUGAAGGAGUUGGAAUGUGUGUUUUUUUUUUAUUUAUCAACAAAGAAAUUCAGAAUAGUAUAUGAUAAAUCCCUGAGUUGGUGAUACCUUGUGGGACUAAUAAUCGACUAGCAGUGUUAUGGACCCCGCGCUUAAAUAACAAUUUAUAGAUAUAGUGCCUCCCGAGUCUAGACCUGUUUGGGAUUAACCAUCAUCUGGAAAUCUCGUGUCAAUGAUUUGAAAGUCAGAUAGCUUAAGUGGAAAAUGAGCCGACCAAUAUGCGUAUACUUCAACACAAGGAAUGGAUGUAGGAAUGGAAAUCGAUGUAGAUUCGUUCACCAAAAAAUUGGCUCAUUGCAUAGACCUAAAUGUCGAUAUUAUAGGGGACCAGGCACCUGUAAAUUUUACGAUAACUGUUUUUUCCGUCAUGAAGAGUCAGAACCAGAUAUUCUCGCCACGCAAUUACAGAAUUUGGCAAUAUCAGAUCAAACGAAUGAUGAAAGAUUUGCCAAAGAGUCCGUGGUUGUUAUGGAUAUCUUUCCAAAAAUGACGAGAGAACUCGUACACGACAUUAUUAAUCCAACUGAGCUGUUUCACAUGGUACAAAACAGUUCUAUUCUGAACAGAUUUACACAGAGAGAAAAAGACAUGGUUGAUAGCCUUUUAUCUAAUGGGUACAAUGAAUGCGAUGUUGAUUUUAUUUACAAACUAGUAUGGCAAUACCUUCCGAAACCUCGUCGUGGGUGGCAAACAUUUCCGGAAAACUCCGAUUUAUCAAUAGGUGAUGAUUUACAAAGAAUCUGUUUGAGAAGCAAAUCAUUCUAUUCACGACCUCAUGUUGAAAUAUUGGGAGAAGAAUUCACCACUUGUUUCAAAGAAUUCAAAGAUGUGGCGAAGCGAAUCGAUAUUUUUUUGCAAAAACAAGCAGAUGAAACAUAUUUGUGUAAGAUUUCAAAUAUAGAAAGUAACAAGUUCGACGAAAGCUACAUAGAAAACUGUAUUGAAAAAGCUCGUAAUAUUGAAGAUAUGCAAGUCAGUAGCACGUGCAGAAGAAAUGAAACCUCUAUCAAUCUUUACAUCGGAAGAUCUGGGAGAAAGUGUAUAGAUCGUAUCUUAAAAGGAGGGUCAGGAGUGGAAAUGAUGAAUUUAAUUGUAACAGGAGUGAUUAAGGAAAAUGAAGUUGCUGAGAGGUUUUUAAAAGCGAAUUCCAGUGAAGAACUGUUCCAGACUAAAAUUGACGAUAUUCAGCCAAAUCGUGUUGUUUUGAUGAUAAAAGUCAACGGCCAAGAAUUCCAAUCUAACGACCAAUUUAUAGAGAAAAUGCUCAAAUUCUUAGUCAAUGUUUUGAUACCUGAAGAAGAGAAUGGAUUUCCAAAUUUGAUAAUUGACACCGUCAUUAUUGGUUUUGCCGAUAGAAUAACCCUAGAAAAUCCACCAUCACAGGAGGAACUUGUCAAAUAUGCGCAAAGAGCUGAGGGAUAUAACUUGUUUCUGUCCGUAAGUCUCAACAGAAAAUUCGAUUUGAAAUCUAAAGAUGAUGGUUAUUUGGACAUUUCAGAUUGUACCAUUCUAUGCAAGAAAAUGGUGUUCACGGAUAGUAAAGGAUUACUUAUUUAUGAUAAAACCAAUGACGAUAUUGAUUAUAUACCUCUGCCAGAAAAACCACGUUAUGUAACAGAAAUAGACAACGAUACUGUCGCAGUAUCAUCGGAAUGGGACUGGAAUAUCAAGAUUAUAAGUUUGACAACUAAGCAAGUAUCCAUUUCAAUAGAAACAAGCGGUUAUUGCUAUGGUGUUUCAUUUUAUGAUAACAAGCUAUAUGCCGCUUUCAAAAAUGGUAAUAAAGUUGAUGUCCAAGUUAUAGAUCGCGAUAGUAAGAAGGAAUAUCAAAGUAGAAACGUCUUACCAAUUUAUUCCGAUAGUGUACGUUAUAUAACAGUCAACAGUGGUAAGUUAUUCUACACGGCCGAAUCUAUUUUAUACUGCUGUGAUUUGAAUGGAAAAAUUCAAUGGCAGUUUUCUGAUGAAACAUAUUCAUGUUUGCUAGGUGUCACGAGUGAUGGAUAUGGAAAUGCCUUUGUGUCUUGUUUGAGUGCCCAUGCUGUCUUAUUAGUUUCAAGUGGUGGGAAAAAAUGCAGAGAAAUUCUGAAUAGGUCUAAUGGAUUGACACUUCCAAGAGGAAUUCAUUUUGCCAAACACGAAAACUUACUUCUUGUCUGUAAUAGCAUCGGUAAAGUGUCCAUAGUUGAUGCUAGAUAAUCAGGCAUUACAAAGCGUAGAUAACUCCAGAAUGUGAAGACAAUUUCAUGGUGCAGUACAAAACCAAUUGAAUACUGUGGAUUCAUGAUUAUUCGUUGGAUACCAAUUUUCGUGGAUUUCGUCGGUACAUGUGAACCACGAAUUUAAAUGUUCAACGAAUUGCUUAUGUUUUAUAGGGUUGUAUGCAGACUUUGGCAAAACCACGAAAUCAAAUAUCCACGAAAAUGCAGGUUUUUCUCAAUUCACGAAAAUUGGUACCCACGAAAAUAAAUGAAUCCACAGUAACUUGUAAAUAAUCUCAAAAGUCAAAUUUUUCCUAUAUCAAAUGCAUUAUCAUGAUGAUCCUUUACAUUUGUGGAUCAAUUUAGUACAUUUGUAAUCUAUAUAUAUAUGUUACAACACAUUAUGGAAAAUUUCAAGACUGUCUGCUCUUAAAUACCAUUCAUGAAGAAAAAAAUUAAAUCAACCGUGUAUUUUUUUAUGCGACCUUGCUUGGUCGUAUCAAUUAAACAUAUUUUUCUUAUUAGCAUUAUUCCAAGAAUUUGGUUAAGCUAUUCCAAGACUGAAGGAAAGUGGCUUUUGAUGUUUUAUAAUUUGGUAAUACAAAAUGAUGAUUAUUCAAGAAUAAGCAGCCAAAUAUACAAUUGCGGUUGCUAAUAAUUGCUUAUAUCCACUUUAUCUAAACUUCGUUGUAUAGUUGUGUCAUUGUCAAUCCUACCACAUCUUCUAAUUUUCAUUAUGUCACGUUAAUAUGAAAUCAUUAAUAUAACUUGUAUAUCAUUCCAAAAAAAGCAAGAUUUUCCUAGGUUAUACUUUCAUAUUUUGAAUAACAAAUUGCAAUAUUACAGUUUAUUUGUAAAAGUAAUUUAUAAAAUCAGGGAUUUUGUAAAAUCACUAAUAUUUCAGGGAUUUUGUAUAAUCACUAAACUGAUUUGUGGUUCUAUUAAAGCUCUGAUUUUUCCUAGAGAUUUUAAAAAUCACUGAAAUAAUUAGGAUUUUCUUUACAGAUUCCCUAAUUCAAUUUCAAGGAAUUCAAAACAAAAAAAAAUAGUUUGGAUCCUAAACUAGAAACAAGUUUGAACACAUUGAUUCUCUGUUUUUGAGUCCGUCAGCUGUAUCUAUUGGACAAUUCAAUAUGUUUUCGUCAUGCAGUUAAACUGUCUUUAAUUAGUGAUGGACAAGGUUUUUCCAAAUGUAGCUCAGUAGAUGUCAUCCAAAUUUAUCAUGCAUGUCUUUCAUUCAUAAUCAAUGUAAAAUAGUUUAAACUAAAAGUGUUUAUUUUAAAAAAAAUGUAUUUCAAAAAUCAUAGAUCUAUUCAAAAUAAAAUAAAAAACACAUUUCUAAGCGCAAGUUUGGACUUGGAAUAUGGAAUUGUACAAAUAAGCUAUUUUAUAAAAUCACUGAAACUGUUAGAAAUUUUACAAAAUCACCAAAUAUUCCAGGAAUUUUACAAAGACCCUGAUUUCACAAAUUCACUGUUAAAAUAUGUAUAUGUAUAUGUACAGGUACAUGUCUGUUUAAAAGCAUUCUGGUAAAUUGAAAUGCGAGUCUUUAUGCUAUGAAAUAUCGUACAUGCUUAGCUUAAUUCUAUAGAAAAAUUAUAUUUGAGCGUGUUAUUUUGUUUGUAACCCUCCGCAGUCUUACUUUAGUAUACCAAAAUAUGAUGAAUUUGAAUGAUUAGCAAAAAAAAGUUAUCUUCUAAUGAAGAUUGAGAACAAUUUCUGGAGAGGACUUUUGUACACUUACCAAACAUUUUUCCUGUUUUAGCAAAACAUAAUCAUGAUAGAACUGGUAUUGUUGCAGAUAUAAAGCAAAACCUAAGAUACCAAAGACGAUCUCAUUUAGCGAAAUAUAUUUGUUUGCUAUACCUCGCAAACAUAAGUCCGCAGUAGAUCUUUAAGUUGAGUUUGUAUUUCUUAUUCUCUUUAUCGGACAUUAAUAAUAAGUCAAACCCCUUAACAUCAGGGUUUCCUAAAAGGUAUCGAGGGAUUCCAGGGAAUUAGCAUCAUUAAGUGUAUUGGGACCUUUCCAGUUUUGUAGUCUUUAAAGGUUUAUCGUUCCAUUGUCCUGUAAUAAUAGUUUCAAUGCAACCAUGUGUUUGUUGAAAAUAAUUGGAUACAUCUUUCCUAAAAUGUGACCUACCGAAUUAGACUUAUAAAACUUGAUUAGGACAUAGACAGCAACACGACGGGUGCCACAUGUUGGGCAUGAUCUACCUAAAAGAGGGGCGAAAGAUACUUACUUUCCCGGCACAAAUUAAGUCACCCAAAGUUUUUGCUGUGGUUUGUGUUGCUCAGUCUUUUCCCCCAUGUUUUGUUUUGUGUUUUGUUGUUCUUUUCUUUUUAUACAAGGCAUUGUCAGUUUAUUUUCGACUUAUACGUUUGAAUGUUUCUUUGGUUUUGGUAACUGACGCUUUUCUUUUUCCGUAAACUUGAAAGUUUCAAUUUUCUGUUGCAUGGAGAGUUUACGAUAAACUUUGUCAACAGGGAACCCAAGUAAAUAUGAAAUGCAAACACAAAUUAUUUGUGUAAAUUGAAAUCAAAAUGACUGAUUUCAUUUUAUAUAAAAAAAUGUUUCUGAUUGGUUACUUAUAAUUAAGCUGAAUACUAUAUUUUUUUUAAACUCAGUGACUUUGAUCCAUUUGCACUUGAUUUAAUCACUAAUUGAACAAAUUUGUAAUAAACGUUUGGAAAAAAGACUUUCUUGUUAUGUGUUUGAAUAAUGAUAAACAUUGUAAAAUUU